UACUGACAGCUCCGAUUCAGUCAUACGUGCAAAGCAACCGAGGCACUAUAAUACACGACACCGCGGGACCCGAGCGAAAUGUCCGGAGUUGCAUCUAAGCUAGCCCAUCAGAGGGCACUGGCCGCAGGGUUUGGUACCAAUGCCAACGCCAACAAGUAUCUGAACCAGGACUUCGAGCAGCUCCGGAGUCAGUGUCUGGCCCGAGGUGAACUCUUUUCGGAUCCCACCUUCCCAGCUGUUCCGGAGUCCUUGGGUUUUAAAGAACUUGGACCCAAUUCUAGUAAAACUAGAGGGGUCCAAUGGAAACGACCGCGGGAGCUGUGCUCACGCCCGCGUUUUAUUGUUGGAGGAGCCACCAGAACCGAUAUCUGCCAGGGAGGUCUGGGUGACUGCUGGCUUCUGGCUGCCAUUGCCUCCCUAACACUCGAUGAGGAUGUAAUAGCCAGGGUUGUCCCCAGCGGACAGGACUUCGAUGCCAGCUAUGCUGGAAUUUUUCACUUUCAGUUCUGGCAGUUUGGCGAGUGGGUGGACGUGGUGAUCGAUGACCGGCUGCCCACCAGAGACGGGGAGCUGCUGUUCGUCCACUCAGCUGAGGGAUCUGAGUUCUGGAGCGCCCUGAUGGAGAAGGCCUACGCCAAGGUGAAUGGCUGCUAUGAGGCCCUGUCGGGGGGGUCCACCACAGAGGGCUUUGAGGACUUCACUGGUGGGAUCGCUGAGUGCUUCGAGCUGAGGAAAGCCCCCCCCAACAUGUUCCAGAUUAUCAAGAAAGCUCUGGAUGCAGGAGCCCUGAUUGGCUGCUCCAUCGACAUCACCAGUGCUGCUGAUUCCGAGGCCAUUACUGUUCAAAAGCUGGUGAAGGGCCACGCCUAUUCCCUUACAGGUGCAGCAGAGGUCGAUUACCGGGGAGGCAAAGAGAAGCUGGUGCGGGUCCGGAACCCAUGGGGUCAAGUGGAGUGGACGGGAGCUUGGAGUGACAAUUCAUCUGAGUGGAACUAUGUCACCAGCAAAGAGGUGCAGAACGUGAAGGCAGAUGAUGGCGAGUUCUGGAUGUCUUUUUCGGACUUCAUGAGGCAUUAUUCUCGAUUGGAGAUAUGCACUCUGACCCCAGACGCAUUGACCAGUGAUCGUUUUACGAGCUGGAGUGUGUGCAACCAUGAUGGCAACUGGAGACGAGGUUCCACGGCAGGAGGCUGCAGGAACAACCCCAGCACCUUCUGGAUAAACCCACAGUAUGUGGUCAAGCUGGAUAAGGUUGACGUGGACCCCAGCGCCAACGAGGCCGGCUGCAGCGUCGUGGUGGGCUUGAUCCAGAAGAACCGGCGCCGCCUGAGAAAGUCGGGAGAGGACAUGCACACUAUCGGCUUUGCCAUCUACGAGCUUCCACCACAGUUCCAUGGCCAAAGGGAAGUUCAUCUGGACAGGAACUUCUUCCUGACCCAUGCGCAGAAGGCGCGCUCCGAGACCUUCGUCAAUACGCGGGAGGUCACCUCACGCUUCCAUCUGCCAACCGGGGAAUACCUCAUCGUGCCCUCCACCUUCGAGCCCCACCUGAAUGGGGACUUCUGCGUGCGCGUCUUCUCUGAACAGGAGCAAGAAACUCAACGCAAUGAUGACCCCCUUGAUGCAGUCUUGGAGGAUGACAAAGUACGUGACUGUGAUGUGGAUUCAGGAUUUAGGACCCUGUUCGCAAAACUCGCAGGAAGUGAUAUGUUGAUUUCCGCUUCAGAGCUACAAUCUAUUUUGAACAAGAUCACUUCAAAACGCACUGACAUCAAACUAGACCCAGAAGGCUUCAGUCUAGACUCCUGCAGAGUCAUGGUCAAUCUCAUGGAUGAUAGUGGAGAUGGUAAACUGGGUUUGGGAGAGUUUGCCACACUUUGGAAGAAGAUACAGAAAUACCUGGGUAUCUUCAAGAAGAUGGACACGGAUGGCUCUGGCACCAUGAGCACCACAGAGAUGCGCUUGGCCCUGAAGGAGGCAGGCUUCACCCUGAACCACACCGUCUUCCAAAUCAUCAUCACCCGCUACUCGGACCCCGACCUCACUGUGAACUUUGAUAACUUUAUCAACUGCCUGAUCCGGCUGGAGAUGAUGUUCAGAGUUUUUAAGAAAGCAGAUCCGCAUAAUACCGGCUCCAUAGAGCUUGAUUUCUUCCAGUGGCUCACAUUUACUAUGAUAUAGAAGAACUUUAAGAAGUUUGCAAGCCAUGUAAAAAAACAUUUUUUAAAAAAUCCUUUGAUUUUACAGACAAGUUUUAUUACAGAUGAUGCAAAGUUAACAGGCACAUCAGGUACUUAUUCUUGUGAGAUUUUGAUUAUUCUACAAUAAUAAAAUUACAUAUUACAAUUA